ACAUUUUGUACAAAUAGCUAUUUUGCUUAUCUAAUUUCAGACUUUGAGCAGGUUCACCGGUCUGGCGAACACAGUUCUCACGCUUCAUAGUAUCAGUUUGGGCAGGGGAGAGACUGGGAGUCAUCUCUGCUCCGGAGCCGUAUUCUUCUCUACCAUUAAGCAAUAAUUUAAUUUUCUUACUCCUCAGCUCAAGUUUUUCUUUUUUCAACUCUUUCAACCGGAGGUUUUGUCUGUAAUGGCUCGAACCGUGGGAAAAUGGAUUAAGGUUUGCUCAUACUUAUAGGGCGUUUGCCAAAUAAAUCAAGGCUAAUGCUGAUUCAGCAAAAUGAGCCGAAAGAGCCAACCAAAGGGGAAUAGGGGAUGCUAAUAACUCUACCAUUUAGUUGCUUGUAUUCUGGAUCAGUCAGGCACUGGACCUGGGGCAAGGAGCUCUCAUGCAAUUACCAUUGUAGGACAAAAGGUCUAUGCUUUCGGUGGUGAGUUCACCCCACGUGUCCCUGUUGACAAUCAACUCUAUGUAUUCAAUCUUAGUGACCAAACUUGGUCAUUGGCUGAGGCUGUCACUGGAGAUGUCCCUCCCCCUCGUGUAGGUGUCACUAUGGCAACGAUUGGGGAGACAAUAUACAUCUUCGGUGGAAGAGAUGCUGAGCACAAAGAGCUGAACGAACUUUAUUCUUUCAACACAUCCACGAACCAGUGGACCCUCUUGUCAAGCGGGGAUGACGGCCCCCCAAACCGGAGCUACCACUCCAUGACAAGUGAUGAUCAACACAUAUUUGUCUUUGGUGGGUGUGGUUUGACUGGUCGGCUCAAUGAUCUAUGGGCUUACAAUAUUGUUAGUGAAAAAUGGGCAAAGUUUCCCUUGCCUGGGGAUGCUUGUAAAGGUAGAGGUGGACCAGGAUUGGCUGUAGUCCAAGGAAAAAUCUGGGUUGUGUAUGGAUUUUCAGGUGAUGAACUUGAUGAUGUACAUUGUUUCGAUGCAAUUGAAGAGAAGUGGACUCUUGUCCAAACUAAAGGAGAAAAUCCAUCUGCCCGGAGUGUGUUUUCAACAACUCGGAUUGGGAAGUACAUAUUUAUAUAUGGUGGGGAAGUUGACCCAAGCGACUUAGGUCACCUUGGUGCUGGAAAGUUUUCUGCUGAGGUUUAUGCUCUUGAUACCGAAACACUAGUUUGGAAAAGGUGGGAUGCCGCUGGAGAUCUUCCAGGGCCAAGAGGAUGGUGUGCUUUUGCUGGCGGGCAGCGAGACGGGCAAGAGGGGCUGCUAGUAUAUGGGGGUAAUUCACCCACGAAUGAUCGGCUUGGCGAUAUAUUCUUUUUCACUCCUUUCUUGGAGCGUUAACAACAAAUAUAUCUACGGAGUGUUGCUGGAUGAGUAAUAAUGUAUGAGUAAAGUUCUGAAAUUUGGUUUGAUUGGCAACAAUAAUUGGCUAAUAUUUUGGUUUCUCUCCUAUAUGCUUGCUUUUUUGCUUACAUUGUUUUUUGUGCUCCACUGUCGCUACUAUAUAUUCUCAUCAUCACUAUCACAUCAUGUCAUGUUGUGAUUUUUAUG